UCAUACAUGACCGUUUCAAAAACCACUAUAAAUAUCGUGGGUUUUAAGACGAUUGUUAAGUCUGAACUAAGUUCCAGAGCAAAAAUGAAGUUCUUAAUCCAAGCCUUUUUCGCAGUCGCGGUGUUCGUUAGUGGUUACCAUUGCAAUAUAUGUGGACCGAGCAAAGAGACGUUGCUUGUCCCUGAAGUUACUUCCAUUUUCAAGCCAGCAAAAGCCUAUACAAUCCAUACAGAUAACUUGGUCUACGUGUUCAAUCAAUUCAAAUCAUCGGUUGAUGGUGUUAAAAAACAACUUCGGGGACUUCAGCGAGAUGAUAGUGCCGGCCAAAUUUUGAAACUGCUAUCGAGUAGCAUGAUUCAAUUCGAUAUGUGGGUUGAAGAUUUGGUUGAACUCGAACGUUCCAAUAAAAACUAUGUAUCGGGAGUUACACAAUCCUACAAAAAAUUCAUGAGCGACAAUAAAGACAAAAUCAAGCACUUCCAAACGAUUCAAAUGAGUGAAUUGACCAAAAAUAUUAGAGAAGAUGAGAACGCAGCAACCAAACAACGUGAUGAAAUGGAUCUUGCCGGAAAUGAAUUGCGCGAAGAAAUGGCCAAACGCAAGAUUCAAGUCGAUCAAAUUCAAGUCAAUCUCCGGAAUGGAAAAACUUCUGCACCUGCUUUGAGAGAGAUUUUGAAUGAAAUCAAACCGAAAUUCUCAUCUUUGGCCGGCGCAAUGCUUAGUAUUGCACAAAAACUCAAAGAAUUGGACACAAACAAAGAUAAAUUGCGAUUUGCUGAAAAAGCUUUAAAAUACAACUAAAUUUAUUCUGUAUGAUAUGUUGAAUGAAUGACCUUUUCUUCCAAAAUGGAAAAAUUAAAAGGACAAUGUAUUCUACUUCGAAUUGUUAGCACAGAAUAACACUUGCAUAACUUUAUGUCUAAGAAAUGUUCAAUAAAAUGACAAUGAAUAAAUAUUGGAGUGGCAAAAGCUGAA